AUGCGGGGUGUUGGUGAGAUGCCUCGUCCCAACAGGCUAAAUUCUGGUGCCACAUAUAAUCCGAUGCGAAGACUUUCUAUCUUUCAGAUCCCCAAGAUAUCUCUCAACAUGGCUAUUCCUCACCAUAACCCAAUUAUCCCAGGAUUUGCUGCUGAUCCGUCUAUCUGCCUGAUCGAUGGUACAUUCUAUCUCGUGAACUCGAGCUUCCAUCUCUAUCCCGGGCUGCCUAUUUAUAUGUCGAAUGACCUUAUCUCAUGGAAACAUAUUGGGAAUGCUAUAAACAGACCGUCUCAACUGUCAUUGUCCCGAGCUACGACAUUUAUUGGCCCGUUGGACGAUGGUAUAGAACUAGUUGCUACUGGUGGCCUGUAUGCGCCAACCAUUCGGCAUCACAACGGUGUCACCUACAUAAUCUGUACCAAUGUCAUUCACGGCACUUCCAAUGUACUGGGGGAUGAGCAUAGUGAACAGUUUAUCAUCCACACAGCUGAUAUUCGCUCGGGGAAAUGGUCCGACCCAAUAGUCUUUAUAUUUCCUGGGAUUGAUCCAUCUCUGCUAUUUGAUGACGAUGGACGGGUGUACAUCCAAUUGUGCAAAACAGGGCCCGAGUUCCAGAUCUACAACAGCGAAAUCGAUAUUACAACCGGGGCGAGAAUUGUGGAACCCGCUCUCAUCUGGACAGGAUGGAAGAAGGGCUAUACAGAGGGUCCACAUAUAUAUAAAAAGGAUGGCUGGUACUACCUUCUAUGUGCCGAAGGGGGCACAUUUGAAUACCACAUGUUAAGCAUGGCGCGAUCAAGAAACAUAUGGGGCCCAUACGAAUCCUAUGAGAUGAAUCCGUUGUAUACUGCUGGGGGUACCGAUCAAUAUGUCCAAAACACUGGACACGGUGAUCUUUUCCAAGAUCAAAACGGAACAUGGUGGGUAAUCAUGCUAGGGGUUCGCAUGAAGGAGGGACGAUCUAUCAUGGGACGGGAGACAUUCCUGACAUCGGUUGAUUGGCCAUAUGAUGGGUGGCCGACAAUUCAACCGAUAACAUGCGAUGGAAAUCUUGAGGGAAAUUUCAAGGAUGAAGGUCAAGACUCACUUUCGGCUGCCCCUUGGGUCUAUUUGAGAGACGCCAAACUAGAUCGAUACCAUAUGCAUGACAACCGCAUUACCUUACAGGCAGAUCCCGCGGAGUUCACCAGUGCAUACGAGUCAACUACUUUUGUUGGUCAACGACAACGAAAACUUGAAGGCGCUGCCAGAGUUACUGUGUACAAGCCACAACAUUCCCCAUCAGUCCGAGCAGGAUUGGCUUACUACAAAGACGAGCACCGGUUCUUGACAAUCGGAUACGACUUCCACUUACAACAAGUCAUCUUCAACGGACUAAAUCAAGCAAAGUCAUUCUCGCAAAGUGAGACCCAAACUGUCGAAUUCCAAGAUGUCAUAUCUUUUAAAAUUGGCUACACGGAGACUGCUUUGCAAUUCUACUUCCAGGUAGAUGAAACAGGCUGGCAUGACUUGGCGACCCUUGACACCUCAAUCCUAACAGAUCACGACUUCACUGGUCCGGUCAUUGGGAUUUUUGCCAUUGGGGAUGAUACCGAGGUGGGAUUUAGAGACUUUGAGAUUGAUGCUCUGUAG